AUGGAUCCGGACCUCGGCGCGCCGAGGCGUCAGGCCGUGCGCUUCACGAAGCUCAACAAGUCGUGCGACCAGUGCCGCCAUCGGAAAGUCCGCUGCAUCUCAUUGGCGGCUCCAACCUCAUCUGGACUCGGUCCUGCGAGCGCUGAAAAUCACGAACAACUGGCCCAUGGACUAUUAGUGGAUCGUCUUUUAGAAGACCCGUCUAGUGAAGCGGUACUCUAUGACGAGUUCUCGAUCCUCAAGGCACAUGGGCGGCGUGCUACCAGUUCCGGGCUGGCAUUUUUCUCGGAGCGUAAAGUCGAGCUUCUCACCCGGAAGAUCGGGAACUCCAGACUGCGGGACCUUAUCGUCGGCAUCGACACCGCCUUACGAUCAGGUUUGCUCACACAGACCGACACGGAGAUCUCCCAAUCUCUGCUACUAUCUGGCCUACGUUCAGUUCAAGUCUCACCAGACGAGGCGGCUAUUUACAUCAAUGAAAAUUUCCACGGUACCCACCCCGUUUUCCCGUUCCUAGACAGGAAAUCAUUCGAACAGAAAGUACGGCAUAUCGGCCUAGCCUCGACAUCAAAUACGUCCCCCCAAUUCUUGGCCCUCUACCACGCAGUUCUGUCCCUCGGCUGCCAAUACCAUGAAGGAGGCUCCUUGGAACCGGGCAAAGGCAAGGCAUGCGAUUUGUUCCUGGUGGCGAUGAGCCAUGUUAGCGACAACAAGCAUCUUGGAGACUCUUUGGUCUCCCUCCAGGCAUUGACCGCGAUGUCGAUUUUCGCUUUGAACCCGUGCUGUCUUUUGGUUGACCGUACCAUCCUUGCUGAGGCCAUACAAAUGGCACUUCGGCUGCGAUACCACACAUCUACCAUUGACGAGAACCAAGAAGAAUGCCGCCGGACAUUCUGGGUCCUAUACCACUUGGAGAAGCACGACAGUUUCCAAGCCAGGCGAGCUUUGAUUAUAAGUGAUCAUGAUAUUGGAUGCCCGGUUCCACAGGUCACAUCGUCUUCCACAGGCGAGUACAAUUGGUUUCUAUCGUCGAUACGCUUGGCUCGAAUUCUAUCUGUUGCCUACGAGACUCUUUUCUCCGUGAGCGCAUCCACAUGCCCCGCCGCUUCGCAGUUGAUGGCCCUUCAUAAUGUUCGGACGUCCCCAGAGAAGUGGCGGAUGUUGGUCCCUGUCGAAUUCCGACCUCCGGAACCACUAAAUUCCACACGUCUGGUGGACCCAAGAACAAAGCACAUUGCGUUGUCAACACAAUACUACUACUACCAUCUCGUGAUAGCAGUAAAGCGCCUGAGCCUCCGACUCGGCAGUGAUCAGGGGGUCCUUCCGCAAGAAUGCCAUACCAGGCUCAUGCAAGCCGCCAAAACAGUCAUCGAACUCACUCGCUUCAUUGAUGUCGAGCCGAAUACACCAAUAUUUAUUCUUGGAAUCAUGCCGUUGUCCUCGCUCUUCAUCCUCUUCGAUUUCAUCGUCCAAAACCCGCACCACACCGAUACCCGGUCGAGGCUCACCCUCCUGGACAUCGCUUCGGGCCAUUUCAGCCAGCUGGAACUUGUCUCCGCCGGAUCUCUACCAGGGAACCACCUCAGCGAAUUCGCCCAUAUCGCGAGACGGUACGUGCAAGAACUGCCUGCGCCUGCGCCGUCAGCCGCCGGCUCAUGCACUGAGCAGCCGACAACAACGCCCGGGGUCACACAGCCGGAUGCUUCAUUGGAAGUCGGCACUACCAGAGAUACGGGUGCCCGUACCUACGAAGUGACCUCUAGCGGCGGCGGCAUGGAUGAUCUGGGAAGUGGCACUGUCUUUGAUGCCUCGAUGUGUUUCGAUGACUUUUAG